AUUUUGAUUUUGAUUUUUUUUCAAAGAAAUUGAUAAGAGAAACAGCAACACAUUAUCACUACUCUGUUGUCAUUUCCUUCAGUACAACAGCAGCAAUUCUUGCAACUAAUUCUUCUGUUACCACCGAAAGGGUCCACAACGAGUCACACCUACAAACUUUCCUUCUCCUAAUCUUUUUAACAACCUUCGGUGGCGUCACAGCAGUUUCCCGUGAAGGUAGUUUUUCUUCUGUCUCUGUUACUACAGGUUCAUUCGUUUCAUUGGCGGGCAGAAUCUCCUUUGUUAUCUCUGUUCGUUCUGUUAUCAGAGGUCCAUCGCCAUUUUCUGUAACAUUCUUAGUCUCCACAGAAGUCUCCUUAAUGGUUUCCUGUGAGGGUAGCUUUUCUUCUGUCUCUGUUACUACAGGUUCAUUCGUUUUAUUGGCGGGCAGAAUCUCCUUUGUUAUCUCUGUUCGUUCUGUUAUCAGAGGUCCAUCGCCAUUUUCUGUAACAUUCUUAGUUUCCACAGAAGUCUCCUUAAUGGUUUCCUGUGAGGGUAGCUUUUCUUCUGUCUCUGUUACUACAGGUUCAUUCGUUUUAUUGGCGGGCAGAAUCUCCUUUGUUAUCUCUGUUCGUUCUGUUAUCAGAGGUCCAUCGCCAUUUUCUGUAACAUUCUUAGUUUCCACAGAAGUCUCCUUAAUGGUUUCCUGUGAGGGUAGCUUUUCUUCUGCCUCUGUUACUACAGGUUCAUUCGUUUUAUUGCCGGGCAGAAUCUCCUUUGUUAUCUCUGUUCGUUCUGUUAUCAGAGGUCCAUCGCCAUUUUCUGUAACAUUCUUAGUCUCCACAGAAGUCUCCUUAAUGGUUUCCUGUGAAGGUAGUUUUUCUUCUGUCUCUGUUACUACAACUUCAUUCGUUUCAUUGGCUGGCAGAAUCUCCUUUGUUAUCUCUGUUCGUUCUGUUAUCAGAGGUUCAUCGCCAUUUUCUGUAACAUUCUUAGUUUCCACAGAAGUCUCCUUAAUGGUUUCCUGUGAAGGUAGUUUUUCUUCUGUCUCUGUUACUACAGGUUCAUUCGUUUUAUUGCCGGGCAGAAUCUCCUUUGUUAUCUCUGUUCGUUCUGUUAUCAGAGGUCCAUCGCCAUUUUCUGUAACAUUCUUAGUCUCCACAGAAGUCUCCUUAAUGGUUUCCUGUGAAGGUAGUUUUUCUUCUGUCUCUGUUACUACAGGUUCAUUCGUUUUAUUGCCGGGCAGAAUCUCCUUUGUUAUCUCUGUUCGUUCUGUUAUCAGAGGUCCAUCGCCAUUUUCUGUAACAUUCUUAGUCUCCACAGAAGUCUCCUUAAUGGUUUCCUGUGAAGGUAGUUUUUCUUCUGUCUCUAUUACUACAGGUUCAUUCGUUUUAUUGGCGGGCAGAAUCUCCUUUGUUAUCUCUGUUCGUUCUGUUAUCAGAGGUCCAUCGCCAUUUUCUGUAACAUUCUUAGUCUCCACAGAAGUCUCCUUAAUGGUUUCCUGUGAGGGUAGCUUUUCUUCUGUCUCUGUUACUACAGGUUCAUUCGUUUUAUUGGCGGGCAGAAUCUCCUUUGUUAUCUCUGUUCGUUCUGUUAUCAGAGGUCCAUCGCCAUUUUCUGUAACAUUCUUAGUCUCCACAGAAGUCUCCUUAAUGGUUUCCUGUGAGGGUAGCUUUUCUUCUGUCUCUGUUACUACAGGUUCAUUCGUUUUAUUGGCGGGCAGAAUCUCCUUUGUUAUCUCUGUUCGUUCUACAUUCAGAGGUCCAUCGCCAUUUGCUGUUCCGUUCCUCCCCUCCACAGAAAUCUCCUUAAUGGUUUCCUGUGGAGGUAGUUUUUCUUCUUUCUCUGUUACUACAGGUUCAUUCGUUUUAUUGCCGGGCAGAAUCUCCUUUGUUAUCUCUGUUCGUUCUGUUAUCAGAGGUCCAUCGCCAUUUUCUGUAACAUUCUUAGUCUCCACAGAAGUCUCCUUAAUGGUUUCCUGUGAAGGUAGUUUUUCUUCUGUCACUAUUACUACAGGUUCAUUCGUUUUAUUGCCGGGCAGAAUCUCCUUUGUUAUCUCUGUUCGUUCUGUUAUCAGAGGUUCAUCGCCAUUUUCUGUUGCGUUCCUCCCCUCCACAGAUGUCAUCGGAAUGCUUUCCUGUGAAGGUAGUCUUUCUUCUUUCUCUGUUACUAAAGUUUCAUUCGUUUUAUUGCCGGGCAGAAUCUCCUUUGUUAUCUCUGUUCGUUCUUCUUUCAGAGGUCCAUCGCUAUUUUCUGUUGCGUUCCUCCCCUCCACAGAUGUCAUUAUAAUGCUUUCCUGUGAAGGUAGUCUUUCUUCUUUCUCUGUUACUAAAGUUUCAUUCGUUUUAUUGCCGGGCAGAAUCUCCUUUGUUAUCUCUGUUCGUUCUUCUUUCAGAGGUCCAUCGCCAUUUUCUGUAGGGUUCCUCCCCUCCACAGAUGUCAUCGGAAUGCUUUCCUGUGAAGGUAGUCUUUCUUCUUUCUCUGUUAUUAAAGUUUCAUUCGUUUUAUUGCCUGGCAGAAUCUCCUUUGUUACCUCUGUUCGUUCUACUUUCAGAGAUCCAUUGCCCUUUUCUGUAAAAUUCUUACUCUCCACAAAUAUCUCCUUCAUGGUUUCCUGUGAAGGUAGUUUUUCUUCUUUCUCUGUAACGAGAACUUCAUUCGUUUUAUUGCCAGGCAGAAUCUCCACUGUUUUUCCUGUUCGUUCUACUUUAUGAGGUUCGUCGCUCUUUCCUGAGGCACUAAAUACAGUUUCUGUUUUGUUUUUACUUUGGUCAUCCGCCCCUACCUUCGGAAAAAGAAGAGUUGCGGUUUUAUCGUCUUUCGGCUUUUCUUCAGUGGCAUUGGUAAGAGGCUUUACGUCAGUUUCUGUAGUCUUUUCAACGACUGUCUUGUUUCCGGUUACAUGCCCCAUUUCAUCUGUAUUAUUAAAGACUUUUCUUUCCUCGGUCUUGAUGGUGUCAUUAGUGUCACUUUCCAUGCUCUUUAGAUCAGGCAGAUUGGGUAAAUCGUUCAGGCCCCCCUCGUCAACUUUAUGGUAAGGGUUCAUAACGGCCUUCUCCGGGGUGCCGGAGGCCGCCUCGUCCAUCGGGAGCUCCGUGGAGCUCGCUCGGCCGGCCAGCGGCAGGCUGCUGCCGCUCAAAUUCCCCAGCAACAAGACGAGCGCGCACACUGCGAAGAGCGACAUAAUUGUUGAUUGUGAGGUUAUGAAAUUAAAAAGAAU